GAGAGAGAGAGAGAGAGAGAGAGAGCAUCUUCGUCCUCACGUCGUGCCUCCUCUCCUUCCUCAUCUUCUUCCGCUGCGUGUGUCGCUGCUCGAGGGAGAAAGCCGGAGGGAAGCUCUCCUUGGAAAUAUAUAUUUUUUUCAGUUUUAAUUUUUUUCCAUAUUUGGUCGCGCGCUUUCGGGGCGCGCGCGCGUGCGUGUGUGCGAAUGGUGGACUUGGCCAACAUGGAGACUGUCGAGAAGGAAUGCGGGGCCCUCGGGGGUCUUUUCCAAGCCAUUGUCAACGACAUGAAGUGCUCCUAUCCAGUGUGGGAGGACUUCAGCGCAAAGGCCACAAAGCUUCAUUCACAGCUCAGAACUACAGUUUUGGCGGCGGUGGCCUUCCUGGAUGCUUUUCAAAAGGUGGCGGACAUGGCGACCAACACUCGAGGGGCAACCAGAGACAUCGGCUCGGCUCUGACCAGGAUGUGCAUGAGGCAUCGCAGCAUCGAGGCCAAACUCCGACAGUUCACCAACGCGCUGAUGGAGAGCCUCAUCAUGCCUCUGCAGGACAAGAUUGAAGACUGGAAGAAGACGGCCAACCAACUGGACAAGGACCACGCCAAAGAGUACAAGCGGUCGCGACACGAGAUCAAGAAGAAGUCGUCGGACACCAUGAAGCUCCAGAAGAAAGCUCGCAAAGAGAUCCAGGGGCGCGGCGACCUGCAGCCUCAGCUGGACAGUGCCAUGCAGGAUGUGACCGACAUGUGUCUGCUGAUGGAGGAGAUGGAGAAGCAGGCGGUGCGGCGGGCCCUGGUGGAGGAAAGAGGAAGAUUCUGCACCUUCAGCGCAUUCCUGCAGCCCGUCGUGAAUGGUGAGAUUGCCAUGUUGGGGGAGAUCACACACCUGCAGGCCAUCAUUGAUGACAUAACAGUGCUGACCACAGACCCACACAAGCUGCCCCCUGCCAGUGAACAGGUGAUCAAGGACCUCAAGGGGUCAGACUACAGCUGGUCCUAUCAGACUCCGCCCUCUUCGCCCAGCAGCUCCAGCUCACGCAAAAGCAGCAUGUGCAGUUUAACUUUUGUUGUCUGCGUGUGUUUUGUGCGGCAGAAGUCGUCCAGCUCGGCAUCAUCGGAGGCCUCCGAAACGUGCCAGUCGGUCAGCGAAUGCAACUCGCCAACCACUUUUGGCUCGUGCUUCGCUACCUUCCGCCCCGCUCUCUCUCACUCAGGCUCGCCUAGGCCUCACUCUGUCACACUUCCUGUCACCGCGCCCCCACCCCUUAGCCGGCCCUCCGGCUCCUGCUCCUCUUCUCCCACAUCCGGCAAGGUUCCCGCCUGGAAGGACUGGUCCAAAGCAGGUUCCUACGAGCAGCCCGUGGCCGCCGCCAUGGCCUCUGCCAUGGCCUCUGCCGGCACCGCCGCAGUCGCUCAGAGGAGGAAGGAGCCGCCGCUCGAUAGGCUGCGGGAAAGCGAGGGUUCGCCCGGUGCGCAAGGCUACGCCGGCCCAUCCCACCCCGAUGAGGCCCAAAGGCCCAGAAUGUCGUCCGCCGCCAAGUACGGAGACGAGGUGUCGCCGGCUGCCAGCGACCUGGCCAUGGUUCUGACUCGAGGUCUGAGCAGCGAGCAGCAGAAGAGCAGCAGGGACUCUCUGCAGUACUCCAGCGGAUACAGCACCGAGACCACCACACCUUCUUGCUCAGAGGACACCAUCCCAUCUCAGGGGUCCGAUUACGACUGCUACUCGGUGAACGGCGACGCCGAAGGGCCGGACGGCCAGACGGACUUUGACAAGUCGUCCACCAUCCCUCGCCACUCCAACAUCGCCCAGAAUUACCGCCGCAUGAUCCAGACCAAGCGGCCCGCCAGCACGGCCGGUUUGCCCAGCGGGGUCCUGGGACCCGGAGGUCACGUCCUCCCCGCCGGAGCCGGGACGGGCGGCGGAUCCGGGACCCCGGGCACCGCCACCAUCCGUAGAACGCCAUCCACCAAACCGGGCGUGAGACGCACCCUCUCCAGCGCCGGCCCCAUUCCCAUCCGACCCCCCAUCGUGCCUGUCAAGACGCCCACCAUUCCCGGAGACUCCCAAUCACCCGGGGCCGCGGGGGUUCCGGUCCGCGUGGGCAGCGAGGAGUGCGUCUACAUGGCGGAUGACGCCCAGGGCGCGCUCGAUUAUGUGAAGGCGUCGCCCAAACGCCUUAGCCUCCCCAACACGGCCUGGGGCUCGGGGGCGGCACUUGAGGUCUACGCCCAGCAACACGGAGCCGCGGGGCUCGGUGGCGGCUCCGGGACCGAAGAGGAAAAGAUGCUGGCGGGCGCCCACGCCCUCGGGGAGGGACAGUUCCCUUUCCCGACGCUCCCGGAUGACCCAGCGCCGCCCGCCGCGGGGCUCGGCGACACCCUCGAGGAGGCGGAAGGAUCGGCCGGCGACAUGCUGACCACCAUCAGGAGGGGCGUCCGACUCCGCAAGACCGUCUCCAAUGACCGCUCGGCACCGCGCAUCUUGUGAUCCGCAGGCAGGCUGAGGGAGGAUCCUGUCCGACCCGUCGGGAAACGUCACCACGUAAAACAAGAUGUCCCAAAACAUACGCAAACGUAAAACGAUAGACCGUUAGAAUUGACGCUAUGAAAUAUUAACGCGGUAGCGCUGCAACCGGUGUUUGUUGGUGGACGCAUGUUUCUCCUCUCGACGCUUACGGAAAUCCCUUUGAGCAUUUAUUUCCUCUCCUUGAUAUUCAGCUUUCGGUCCACGGACUAGUAUGCUCUUUCUCUUCACUCAUAGAAAGACAUUUUGAUUGUACUCGUGGAAUAACAUUUUCUUCCACUAUUUGCCUACUAGGACGCUGUUAAACCUUACUUGUAAACUACCUGUGCUGCACAAGUAACACUACAAAGCCCAACUAGGAGGUGACUGCCACACAUGGUUUUAGCUUUUUUUUUUUUUUAAUUACCAGAAGCGCGUCAAUGUGCUAGCAUGCCUUGAGGACAACUUCACCAUACGAGUAGGUACAUCCACUAUUGAGAGGAAACUGUGGAUCAUAUUAGUAGCACGCAGAUUUCGCCAAGUGCAUUUUUACCUCACCAUCCGUAUGUAGUUGUCAUAAAAGGGAAGAUGACCAUCAUUUUAGUACACCGAGAUACUAGUAGAGCUGAUUAGUGUUACUUGUGCAGCACAGUAGUUUGCUUGCCAGGUUAGAUGACAAACUAGUAGGCCAAUAAUCACAUUAGUAGUCGAAAAAAACAAGACUCAGUGACUCGGAUAGUGCGCUGAAUUGUCUUCCCAGUGAGGACAACGAGUGUACUCAUACAUGGACUUGUUUCAGCAUUUAUUCCACGGACUUGAUAAUGUGUCUACUAAUGUUCGAGACAAGCCUUCGAGUUGGGCAUUGUAGGUCUACUAGUGCAGCACAGUAGUUCACUCCUCAAGUUGAAUUGCACACAACUGUGCCAGAAGUCGCACUUGUCGUGGAAAAAAGGUCGCCCGUCAGCCACAUUUGUUCUCGCCGAUGCCAAAUCGUCUUACUCGUGAGGACAAAGAGCACACGAGUCCAUAGACCUUCAACUCUAAAUCCAAAACAAAUGCUCAAAUGGUUUCCCGCGCGGAAAUGAACGAUGGGGUUGCGAGGGUGGUCCCUCGGGGUCUGCUUGUCAGAGAACUUGCUUUGACUCAAGUGAAUCUCGGCGACCAGUGCGGGGAGCUAACGUCGCUCGCCGUCCUUCUGGGUGGUCGGCCGGUUCGUUGGCAGUGAACUGUACUGGUGUCGCUUUCUGGGUGUGCCUGCGCGUGUGCGUGCGUGCGUGCGCCACUGCAGGACAGCGAGGAGCCAAUGAAGCGUCUUCUCUCGGGUGUCUCCUGUUAUUUCUUUCUCGUUUCUACCGUGACGUCGUUGUUGUGCACCGCCUCGAGAGGGCAAGUGGUGAAAAGCCAGCAAUCGUUACUGAUGCAUUCAUGCACAUAUAUAUAUAUAUAUGUGUGUGUGUGUGUGUGUGUGUAAACAUAUACAUAUGUAUUUUCCAGAACCAGAGAGAAGCGUUGGAAACACAGCAAUAAGUGUGUUUUAUUUUUUGCUCGCCAAGGGGGAGGACGUCGGGAAAGUACGGCGGUGAACUCGCGGCGUACGUGCAUGCGUGCGUUAGGAAUUAAUGAGCGUCUUGCAGACGAAAAAGAAAAAAGUGAGAGGAAGUGACAAGGAUGAGAUUUAAAAACAUCGACAGGAUGUGGUUGAGCUCAGCUAAAGGUUGGAUUCAUGUGCAAACACGACAGCGUUCUCCACAGCGCAUCAUUUGUUGUUAGGCGUGGCCUAAAAAAAAAUGGCGCGGAGGUUAACGUAUGACUGCAAGUCCAGCAAGGUUUGUGUGGAUGAUAAAUAAGAAUCGCGUAAAUCUCCCAAAAGUUACAUUGGUGAUCAAACAAAAGUGAAAGUUCCUUCCAAAAUGCACAUGCUACCAUCGAGCCCUUAUUUGUCACCGGUUCAAAUAACACGACAUAAAUCCCUCAAAAAAAAUUCACGGAUAAAAUCAACACAACUCUAAAUCCUCCAAGGUGUUGGAGGCCAAUAAGGAAACCAUAGAAAAAAAAUAUAUGUUGAAUAUGACAAAAUGACCACAUAUCAAGUCAAGUCAAGUCAACUUUAUUGUCUAAUAUGCUCUUUGUGCAACAUACAGCACUGGUGAAAUUUCUUUCCCCUCAACCACAGAGCAAACAUGCAGUGAAAGACACUGCAAUGCAGGGAGAGAGAGCAGCCGCUGCCUCAGAGGGUGCACAGGUAAAAUGAGACCAUGAAAAAGUUCAAGUAAGACCUUCAGACUAACACAAUUAAGAUAACUGUGAAUUCCAUAAAACCAUAACACCCACAAUUUUUUGUGAGGGGGCUAUGCGCACCCCAAUCCCCCAAAAAGUUCAAGGAAAGUUCGGAAAACAUUGUGCAUAUCCCCCCCAAAAGUCGCUAACGCGUCACUAAAACUAGAUUGAAUACCCCACAGGUCAAAAGUAGACGAAGCGGAAGUUCCUCCUAAAUUGCACAGGUUAACGAAGGACUACCGUAAAUUCCUCAAAAGCUGAGCAGUUUAAAACAAGACUCGUAAAUCCACUAUUACGUCAAUUUAAACACAUCUCACGCUAACAAUGUUGAUUUUUCCUUUUGUUGGGAUUUUUUUGUUUGUUUGUUUGUUUGUUAGUUUUUAUGGCUUCAUUGUGUUUGAUCAAACAAAAAAAGCACAUUUGCGGUUGUCGACUCCUACACUGUAAAGAAAGAAAGAAAAACAAACCAUGUAUAUGAGCAUUUAUUCACCCGUGAUCGGAAACGAAUGUAACUUUUAGAGAGACGCAUUUGUCGGCAAAAUGCAACAGCUCAGGACAGAAGAAUUCGGUGACGUGUUGAAGACGAAAUGUGGACAUGAUUGAUGAAAAGGAAGUGUGGAUAAGAUGUCGACCGGCCGCCGCCGCCGCCGCAGAGUGAAAGAGGAGAGACGAGUGUGUGCUCUUUUCUUUCUUUCGUUCGUUCACGAUUUGUGUUUUUAAUGUUAAAAAAUGAGCUGUGUGUAAUAUAAUGGAGGAUGUGCGGGCUCGGAGGCGAGUGAACUCUUCUUCGCGUUUUGAGUGUAUUUAUUGAUUUAACACACACGUCUGAUUUAAUUUAAAGAGAGGUAGUCCGUGAAUCUCCCAACAGGGGGAGCUGUUGCACGCGUGUGCUGUUCGAAGAAGUUCAGCUUUCGGUUUGAAAAUGUUCGUUGGAAGAAUUUCUGCAUCACACUGCCUCUGGGUUGCCAUGGAGGGCACCACUACGCAACAACAAUUCGCAAGUUAAAAUAAGACUUCGGAAAAUCCCCCCCCCCACCCCCCCAAAAAAAAAUUGUUUGGUGACCCUAAAUUUGACAAAUGGUUGCAGAUUCCUCAACACAGCAAGUACAGUGCAGUUCUGUCCAUUGAAUAUUACCGUAAAUCCCACAACGGUUGUGCAGGUUGAAAUCAAACCGCCAUUCAUCCCCACAAAGUGACGUAGUUUCAAACAAAAAGAACAUUUUAUAGAUAGAAAUAUAAUAUAUAAAAUGCAAUUCUGUUGAAGAGGCUCCUCUCGCCACCGGUAGGAAAUAUGAAUAAUAUAUUUUUAAACAUGCUGACUGUGUUGUAAUUCAUGUCUACGUAUGUUCCAAAAGGAACUUUCAUUGAACUCCAGUGUAUGUAGAAACAGAAAUAAACGGAUUAUUAUUAAUAUUCUUCUUAUUCAAACAGGAACAACACACAUGAAGCGCGUGUGCGGGCACACGUGUUUAAAAAAAAUCAACAACAACGUUGUAAGGGAAGUUGAAAAAGAUCAAAACACUGUAAAGAAUAACUCGUAAUUAUUAAUGAUAUUUGUUUUCGUGUUAUUUUCUGUUUUUUUUUUCUUCGCCGUGGAAAUAUUACAAGUGCUCUUGAGCCUUUCGAGCAGCAUUCAUUGAUUGAAAAAAACAGCUUGGACACAAAAUACAGCAAGGCACCCAUAAGCACAGAGUCGACAAACAACGAAACAAAGAGUGAAAGAAUACACUAAAUGUGCAUUUUCAAAAGUUUUUUUUUCUGUUUGAAAACAAGAAUCUGUGGCUUUCAAAGGAAAAGUCACGUUCAGUCGCCUCCGCUACAGAUCUGAUUUAUAAUUUUGCGCCUUCCCUUCUGUUUUUUCCCUUUCCCCUUAUUUUUUUCAUGACUUUUGCAAAACGGGGUUUUAAUUUCCUUGGUUUGUUUUUUCUCUUUGGGUUAACUUUAGUCACUCGCUGAUGUAACAAAAAAGCGCACUGUGAUGAUUCCAUGAUUAAUAAAGGCUGUAAUUCAA